CAGGAAUAUCAUGCGCGUCUAGUUCUCAGAUUGAUCCGGAGGAGUUGUUCACUAAAUUGGAUCGCAUUGGAAAAGGAUCCUUUGGAGAGGUGUUCAAAGGUAUUGAUAACCGGACCCAGAGCGUUGUGGCCAUAAAGACGAUCGAUCUGGAGGAGGCGGAGGACGAGAUCGAGGACAUCCAGCAGGAGAUCACGGUGCUGAGUCAGUGUGACAGCCCGUACAUCACCAAGUACUUCGGCUCCUAUCUGAAGGGCAGUAAGCUCUGGAUCAUCAUGGAGUACCUGGGUGGAGGUUCAGCGCUCGACUUGCUUCGGGCGGGUCCCUUUGAUGAGUCCCAGAUCGCCACCAUGCUGAAGGAGAUCCUGAAGGGUCUGGACUACCUGCACUCUGAGAAGAAGAUCCACAGAGACAUUAAAGCCGCCAACGUGCUGCUGUCGGAGCACGGCCAGGUGAAGCUGGCGGACUUCGGCGUGGCCGGCCAGCUGACGGACACGCAGAUCAAGAGGGAGACCUUCGUGGGAACGCCCUUCUGGAUGGCGCCCGAGGUCAUCCAGCAGUCCGCCUACGACUCCAAGGCCGAUAUUUGGUCGCUGGGCAUCACGGCCAUCGAGCUCGCCAAGGGCGAACCCCCGAACUCGGACAUGCAUCCGAUGAGAGUUCUGUUCCACAUCCCCAAGUCUCCUCCUCCGACGCUGAGCGGAGAGUUCUCCAAGAGCUUCAAGGAGUUCACCGAGGCGUGCCUCAACAAGGACCCGACCUUCCGUCCAACAGCCAAAGAGCUCCUCAAACACAAGUUCAUCGUCAAACACUGUAAGAAGACGUCCUACCUCAGCGAGUUGAUUGACAGGUACAGGCGUAGGAAGGAGGAGGGGCAUAGCGGCAGCAGCUCUGACGACUCAGACAGUGAGUCCAGUAAUAAGGAGAACAGCGACUCACCUGAGUGGUCUUUCACCGUCCGUAAGAAGAAGCCGGCGGAAGGAAGGAAAGUCCUCAAUGGAACGGGUCAGGAUCAGCUGAGUAAAUCUGCCAGUCUGACCACAGUCAUCUCUCCUGUCUUCACUGAGUUGAAGCAGCAGCACAAGGAGCACUCCGAGCAACGAUUGGCCAUCGAGGAGCUUGAACGCAACAUCCGAUUGGCCGAGGAGGUCUGUCCAGGCAUCACGGACAGGAUGGUCACACACAUCCUCGCCAGAUUCACAACCAACUGAGGGGUUUCUAAAAUGUUUUUUGGGGGGGGGAAAGGAAGUGCACGUUAAGUGAAGAGAGACUGUGUCUCCGUACGGUGACGCUGCUGGACGAUUCGGAAAACAGGAGAUUUGCUGUGCGAUGUCUCCUCGCUGUACACACACACAGACACACACACACACACUCACACACACACUACUAAUGUAAUAUAUACACUAGAUAUUAUAAAUACAUAUAUAUAUAUAUAAAUAUUCACAGCUGCAGGUUGAAGACCUUUUUUUAAAAAUUCGCAGACUUUCUUUUUUUAAUCAACUGGUUUAAAAUUUAGAAAAAACAAUCUUGAGGUCUGAUUUGUGCUUUCGUUUCAUGAACUUCUCUUUUUUUUUUCUUUUGGCUCGGAUGCAAAUUGAAGUCCCCAUUUGAGAGCAGGCAACUGGUGUUUGAACUGGUUUAAAAUGACCAUCAUGUGCCUUGAUUAUUUAUGCAGUCAGUCAUUUUUCUAAAAGUACACAGAAACAUACACAGAUAAAUAUAUAGCAGAGGGUUUUCGUUCGUUAGCAGUGGUAUGUUGUUGUUGUUUGUUUUUUUGUCAUGACUCAUCUUGACGUUGUAGAUGUUUAUAUGUUUGUCCAGUAGCACUUGAGACAGAUUAUAUGCCAAUAUUACAUAUUUUUUGUUGUCUUCAGUAAUGCUUUAAAUUACGGUUCUCUUAUCCCAGAAUUCAGUUGUGUUUUUUAGGGUUCGAUGCUCUUUAAAUGUCUCACCAAGGUUUAUCUCUACUGAUUGUUUUGUGUGGUGAUUAUUUUGAACAUCCAAGGUGGAAACGCACUUGAGGAAUCUGAACUUUCCCCGGUGAAAAACCUGUUAAAACAAAAUCAAUUUUAAGAAUUCAGACCCAUUAUUGGGAGCUACCAGCUGGCUAGUAGCUUGCUAACUGUUUCUAAAGUAACUAGCUAAAUUCAUCUUUAUAAAUAUGUGGAAGAUGCUCAAGUUUGUUAAUUAAACUGCAAAAACCACAAUCUAUAACUCCAGACACAUUUAAACUCAUUUUUGGGGGCUUCCAGGCUAGCUAGGAAGCUAGUAGCUUGCUAACAAGUGAGGUAGCUUGCUAACAAGUAAGCUAGCUUGCUAGCUAACUAUUGUUUCCAGAGUAACAAGCUUUUAGUUUUAUUAAGCUAGUUCAGUGCCAACUUAAAUGUUCAAAACAACAUAAAUGAAUGAAUGGUUUAAUUUGUAAAUGUUGGUUAAGAUUAGAUUCUGGGAUGUUCAGAAAGUGUCUGGUUGGAAUAAGAUUUCAGUGGAAAUAAAAGAAAAAAAGGAACAUUUUCAAGGAUCUGCGAGUAAGACACAACCACGUGCUCAAGAAAAGACGGUUUCCUUUCUCUAGAUGCAUCAAGUUUGGGAAAAACAUUGAGAGCUGAAAGUUUAUUAACAAAAUGCUCCCCACGUUGUUUUUAAUAGAGGAAAGUAGCACAGGAAGGGAGCUGUAAUCAAGGAUAUUACUGAUCGUUUGUACCAAAGACACUAUAAAACUUGGUCAUUGUAUAUUUUUGUCUUUUUAUAUAUCAUAAGGGAUGUGAACAUGUAUGUUGAGGGGGGGGGGUGUAAAAUGAAAGAUGUAAGAUUUACACAAGUGUACUCUUUUUUUUCUUUUCUUUUUUUCGUUCUUUUUUUUGUAGCGGGAGUUUUAUGAAUAAAUAUUUAAGUUUGAUUGAGAAA